AUGAGUGAUGUAUUCGAUGUUUCCACUGGUUUAUCCACCAAUCAAGGCAGUUCUCUUGGAUAUGGGCAAAUCGAAUCCAUCAUAGCUACAACGGCAAAAAAGAAACUUGAAGCCAAAGGCAUGUCUGUUCUCCGGAAUGAAGCCGUUUCUCCCUGUCGAAGUACUGUAUCAAACUACGGUGGAGCUUUAGCCUUGCUUUCUGGUACCAGUUGUACUACUUCCAAGGUUAUCAACAAGACUCCCACCAGAGAGAUUGCAGAGAACUCACUUCGUUCCAGUCAAGCUUUUGGCGCUGCUGUUGGCACCUCUCACUACAUGCCUACAGAGAUUGAACAUCCAGAAGUUAGGAAGUUUCUCAAUGAGAAAGCUACGGACUCAGAAAAACAUGUCUACAAUACCAUCAGCAUGCUUCACAAGGGGGGCCCCCUAUUGCCAGUUAGGAAAGGUCUCAUUCUGUCAUCCGAUGAUACAACGGAAUGGAUCGUAGAGGGUCUGAACAAGAAGAAUAUUGACAAAAUUCGAUUCACUCAUAGCUCAUCUUACAAUGGCAAGGGUACUCGACUGUCUACAAACCUCAAUGAAGCAAUGGCAACUGGGAUUCAAGUUAAGCUUAGUGUUACAAUGACUGCUGCUGGCACUACAGCUCCUUUGUUUGUGUCCAUCACAGGAUUGAAUGAAAGAGAGCUUACUGAUCAGGAAGACAAUGACUCUGGUGUCCUUAUUCUUGAAAUUCCUGGUUUAUGA